AGUGACACAAAAUGAUCCAUCUCCACCUCUGAAGUUUCCAGACCUGUAUAUAAGACCGUGGUCCCACUGUAUAUCAUUAUACUGUGCUUUAGGCGUAUUUCUCAUUCUGGUUUCCCCUCUCUAUUUUAUCUCAGCUGACUACGGCAUGUGUCGUACUUGUCAGUAAAUCUGGACGGACCUUUUUCGAGUGUCAACGGAUUCAUUAACCGUUUUCGUGAAACGUACGUGGAUAUCGUCCAACUGAUGCAUAAUGACGCGAAGCGAAACCGUCAUUGCCAAGAUGAAACACGUGGAGGAUAGCUUAAAGGACACUCUGUACAGGGUUGAGGUGAUAGAGAAAAAGCUCAGGACCAAAUUGCUCACGACGGAGAACCGCGAGAGGUUGGAGAACGAGUUGGAGGAGGUGAAAGAGGUUCUUAGGAGGAACGAAGAGAAGUUGCAGAGCUUGAGGAAGGAGAAUUCGAAAUCGUUUAUGGUGGCGGCGUGUCUGGUCUUCCUGUGCUUCCUUGUCUACGGAGUCUACGUGAUGAUCACGGAAAAUCACAUUUAAUGCCCGUGUGUGCUUAGCAGAUCCGAAUGUCGGAUUAAAAUUGUUCCGUUGUAUUAGAUAUAACAGCAUGACUCUGAAUGUCCGUUGAUUCAGGAUGUAGCUUGAUAACGACCAGCUGAUUGUACUAGAUCCUUGUAAAUAUGUAUUUAUUUAUAGAAAUUAUUGUGUAUACAAGAUUUGAAAGAUUUAUAGCGUCUUAAUUUUUGUAUAUUUUUUAAUAGGGCUACAGAUUAAUCUGUAGAAUUAAGCGGUGUAGCUCCUGUAUCACAAUGCAUCAAUAACCAUCAGCAAGAGACGAGAAUUAAGUAAUAACGUGUACGUCGGUAUACACGUUUUCAUGUAAAUGAUUUCAUUGUAAUCAACAUUGUAAGAUACAUAUCAGAUUUAUAUAACGUAUAUACAACUUAUUUUCGAGAUCUUCCGUUUAUACAAUGUCUGUAUCAUGUGUAUAUAUUGCCAAUAUAUAUUGGGUUGGCCAAAAA